UUUUGAACGCAAAGGCGGGCAGCUGAGAUCGCAGCCACUUUCUUCUUUCUCUCCUUAGCGGGCUUUCGUUCAUCUUUCAGCCAGUGAUCGAAGAUGGCAGAAGGGGAGGAUAUUCAGCCACUUGUCUGCGACAAUGGAACAGGAAUGGUCAAGGCUGGCUUUGCUGGAGAUGAUGCUCCAAGGGCCGUGUUUCCUAGUAUAGUAGGUCGACCAAGGCAUACCGGUGUGAUGGUCGGAAUGGGGCAAAAGGAUGCGUAUGUUGGGGAUGAAGCUCAGUCGAAACGUGGUAUAUUAACUUUGAAAUAUCCCAUAGAGCAUGGUAUAGUGAGUAAUUGGGAUGACAUGGAGAAAAUUUGGCAUCAUACCUUCUACAAUGAACUCCGAGUGGCUCCAGAAGAGCACCCUGUCCUACUCACUGAAGCACCUCUUAACCCAAAAGCAAACCGUGAAAAAAUGACCCAAAUUAUGUUCGAGACCUUCAACACUCCUGCCAUGUAUGUUGCCAUUCAGGCUGUUCUUUCCCUCUAUGCUAGUGGACGCACAACUGGUAUUGUUAUGGAUUCUGGAGACGGUGUCAGUCACACAGUCCCAAUUUACGAGGGGUAUGCUCUCCCCCAUGCCAUACUCCGUCUUGACCUUGCUGGCCGUGACCUCACUGAUGGCCUUAUGAAAAUCUUGACUGAACGUGGGUAUUCCUUCACCACCUCAGCUGAGCGAGAAAUUGUGAGGGACAUGAAGGAAAAACUAGCAUAUAUUGCCCUCGACUAUGAGCAAGAACUUGAAACUUCCAAAAAUGCUUCAUCUGUCGAGAAGAGCUAUGAACUUCCCGAUGGGCAAGUUAUCACAAUUGGUGCAGAACGUUUCCGAUGCCCUGAAGUUCUUUUCCAGCCUUCAAUGAUUGGAAUGGAAGCUGCAGGCAUCCAUGAAACAACGUAUAACUCCAUCAUGAAAUGUGAUGUUGACAUCAGAAAGGAUCUGUAUGGGAAUAUUGUUCUUAGUGGUGGAUCAACCAUGUUCCCUGGCAUUGCUGACAGAAUGAGCAAGGAAAUAGCUGCAUUAGCUCCAAGCAGCAUGAAAAUAAAGGUGGUAGCACCACCUGAAAGAAAGUACAGUGUCUGGAUUGGUGGCUCCAUUUUGGCCUCACUUAGCACGUUUCAACAGAUGUGGAUCGCAAAGGCAGAGUAUGAUGAGUCUGGUCCAUCCAUUGUGCACAGGAAAUGCUUCUGAUUUUGGCGGCCAACCUAUUUUUUGGGCACUACAAUUGCAUUUCGUUUGUGUUCCUCGCGUAUUCCUAAUUUUUUCAGUGUUCGUGUUUUUUUUUUUGGUCCACUAAAAUUAUAAAUUUAAUAGUGGAAAUUUGCGUUAGUUUUCGUUUUUUCUUGAAUAUUCUUUUGUAUUUGGAGUUGUUGAGAUAUUAAAUCCAACUCUUUUACUGUUUUUCCCAACCAUAUUCUUAGAACAAGAAUCAUAAAUAAGAGUGAAUCCAAGGUAGAUAGCCGC